AGUCGUGAUGAUGUCGAAUUUUAACUGGUCGAUUUUAAGAAGAACGGAAACUUUCGUCCAAUCAGUGACACGACGAUAUUCUCUGUCCUGAGCAUUCGAUCGUGCUCAUUGGUUGAGUCAGUAACGCUUUCUCAUUGCUAUAGGUUUCGAGGGUAGUGCGAAUAAAUUAGGUAUUGGAAUUAUACGUGACGAUGAGAUUUUAUCUAAUGUACGAAAUACUUACAUCACACCACCGGGCGAAGAACAAGGAAUUUCUUUUCAUCUCUCUCUCUCUCUCUCUCGUGAUAAGGAUUUUUACCACGUGAAACUGCGGAGCAUCAUCGAAAAUGUAUAAUUGAUGUUCUUAAGGAAGCAUUGUACAAUGCCAAAGUUUCUAUGAAAGAGAUCGACGUCAUAUGUUAUACGAAAGGACCAGGAAUGGGUGGUCCUUUGACAGUUGCUGCGCUAGUGGCUCGUACUAUGGCUCAGAUUUACAACAAACCGAUGGUAGCGGUCAAUCAUUGUGUGGCUCAUAUCGAAAUGGGUCGUUUAAUUACUGGUAGUACAAAUCCUACUGUGUUAUAUGUGUCAGGUGGAAAUACACAAAUUAUUGCAUAUUCUCGUCAAAAAUAUCGCAUAUUUGGAGAAACAAUAGACAUUGCCGUUGGCAAUUGUCUAGAUCGUUUUGCAAGAUUGUUGAUGCUUUCCAAUAAUCCUAGUCCUGGAUACAACAUUGAACAGCUUGCAAAAAAGGGAAAGAAGUUGGCUCCAUUGCCAUACGUAGUAAAAGGAAUGGAUAUAUCUUUCUCUGGUAUUUUAAGUCAUAUCGAGGAACAUCUUUCUAAUUGGAUCAAGAAUGAAGAAUAUACACCAGAAGAUUUGUGUUUCUCUUUGCAAGAAACAGUUUUUGCCAUGCUGAUCGAAAUCACUGAAAGAGCGAUGGCUCAUGUGGGAGCAAACGAGGUAUUAAUCGUGGGUGGUGUUGGAUGUAAUGAAAGAUUACAGGAAAUGAUGUCAAUCAUGUGUAAGGAAAGAAAUGCAACAUUGUAUGCAACUGAUGAAAGAUUUUGUAUUGACAAUGGUGUUAUGAUCGCUGUCGCGGGAUUGUUACAAUAUAAGAAUGAUGGUCCUACUCCUUGGAUCGAGACGACCUGUAUACAAAGGUAUAGAACCGACGAUGUACACGUUACGUGGAGAACCUAAGAUGUGGAAUUUUAAUAAAAAUAUGAUUAUUUUA